AUGGAGAAUACUCAAACUAUUAGUUGUGAAAUACAAAUCAUAAGAGGAAGAAACAUAGAGCAAAGCUCUUUAGGGAAAAACAACUUGUUUGUUAGAUGCUAUCUUCCAGCAGGAGGCAACCAAAGAGUUCAGCUAAACAGCCAAGAAAUCUCAGCAUCAAAAUGUGAUAGUAACUUGUUUUGGGAUGAAUCUUUCUCAUUGGAUUGCAUGGGAACUCAAGACUCCAUUAGCAUGCUGAAGCAAGGCACGGUUAUCUUCGAGCUCCGGUCAAGAAAAUAUAUUCCAGUUUUAGGUAAAGUUAUUGGUAGCUCACAAGUGUUGGGGAGAGCUGAAAUUCCAUGGAAAAGAGUAUUUGAGUCAACAGAAAUGGAAAUUGAGGAGUGGGCAAUAUUCAUGGCUACUUCUAAAAGUGAUAAGCGUGUGCAUAAUGAAGAUGUGAAACCUCCAGCAGUGAAAAUAGCAAUGAAGGUUAAAGUAAAAGAGGCAACAAAAGUCAAGAAAAAUUGUACAUCAUGGGAUGAGUCAUGUGCUUGCAAAGGUUACUGUGGGUGCAAUAGUAAUAGUAGUAUUUUCAGUGCUGAUGAUUAUGAAAUCUUUGCACUUGGAGCGGCUUUAGAUUCCCUUUAA